AGUGUAUCACAAACUCAAGCAUUAGCACCAACAAGCUCUGAGCAUCAUCAGUCUCUGGAAAGCCUUCUGAAUUAGACAAGGGCUGCCUCUCAGCACAGCUACAAAACACUUUAAACCUGACCAGCUAAAUGGAUAAACCUAGCCUGCAUAGCUUUUAAACUGGGGUCUCAUACAGCACAGGAGGCCUACUUGAUUCAAGAACUGAAAAUCCAGAGGAUGAAUUGCUCUAACUGGGAAUGGCAAAAGCCAGCACAAUAAGGAAUGCCAGUUUGUAUGGAGCUACUAGCUCACAUGCGGGAUCAGGAUGGUGUGAAUGACAGCCGCACUGUGACAUGAAGGUGGUGGUGGUUUCAGCACAAGAGACCAAAUAAGAAGAAAGCUGAGAGAGGGGGGAAACGUUUUUGGAUGACAAAGAAUGGGUUUCCAUUUAAUUACGCAGCUGAGAGGCAUGAGUGUGGUGCUAGUGCUACUUCCUACACUGCUGCUUGUUAUGCUCACAGGGGCUCAGAGAGCUUGCCCAAAGAACUGCAGAUGUGAUGGCAAAAUUGUGUACUGUGAGUCUCAUGCUUUCGCAGAUAUCCCAGAGAACAUUUCCGGAGGGUCACAAGGCUUAUCAUUAAGGUUCAACAGCAUUCAGAAACUCAAAUCCAAUCAGUUUGCCGGCCUUAACCAGCUUAUAUGGCUUUAUCUUGACCAUAAUUACAUUAGCUCAGUGGAUGAAGAUGCAUUUCAAGGGAUCCGUAGACUGAAAGAAUUAAUUCUAAGCUCCAACAAAAUUACCUAUCUGCACAAUAAAACAUUUCACCCAGUUCCCAAUCUCCGCAAUCUGGACCUCUCAUACAAUAAGCUCCAGACAUUGCAAUCUGAACAAUUUAAAGGCCUUCGGAAACUCAUCAUUUUGCACUUGAGAUCUAACUCGCUAAAGACUGUGCCAAUAAGAGUUUUUCAAGACUGUCGAAAUCUAGACUUUCUGGAUUUGGGUUACAAUCGUCUUCGAAGCUUGUCCAGAAAUGCAUUUGCUGGCCUCUUAAAGUUAAAGGAGCUCCAUUUGGAGCACAAUCAAUUUUCCAAGAUCAACUUUGCUCAUUUUCCACGUCUCUUCAACCUUCGCUCAAUUUACUUACAAUGGAACAGGAUUCGCUCCAUUAGCCAAGGUUUGACAUGGACUUGGAGUUCUUUGCAUAACUUGGAUUUAUCAGGGAAUGACAUCCAAGGAAUUGAGCCGGGCACAUUUAAAUGUCUGCCCAACUUGCAAAAAUUGAAUUUGGAUUCCAACAAGCUUACCAACAUCUCACAAGAAACUGUCAAUGCAUGGAUAUCAUUAAUAUCCAUCACCUUGUCUGGAAAUAUGUGGGAAUGCGGUCGUAGCAUUUGUCCUCUAUUUUACUGGCUUAAGAAUUUCAAAGGAACUAAGGAGAGCACCAUGAUAUGUGCAGGACCUAAGCAUAUCCAGGGUGAAAAGGUUAGUGAUGCCGUGGAAACCUAUAAUAUCUGUUCUGAAGUCCAGGUGGUCAACACAGAAAGAUCACACCUAGUGCCCCAAACUCCCCAGAAGCCUCUGAUUGUCCCCAAACCUACCUUCUUCAAACCUGAUGCCACUCAACCCACCCUUGAAACACCAAGCCCUUCCCCAGGGUUUCAGAUUCCUGGCACAGAACAAGAAUAUGAGCAUGUUUCAUUUCAUAAAAUUAUUGCAGGGAGCGUGGCUCUCUUUCUCUCUGUGGCCAUGAUCCUCUUGGUAAUAUAUGUGUCUUGGAAACGCUAUCCAGCCAGCAUGAAACAACUUCAGCAACACUCUCUUAUGAAGAGGCGACGGAAAAAGGCCAGGGAGUCAGAAAGACAAAUGAAUUCCCCUUUACAGGAGUAUUAUGUGGACUACAAACCUACAAACUCUGAGACCAUGGAUAUAUCAGUUAAUGGAUCUGGGCCCUGCACAUAUACCAUCUCUGGCUCCAGGGAAUGUGAGGUAUGAACCAUGAUCCUCCUAAAAGCAUUUCUACUACGGGGGAAGGAGAGGUAAAUGUUUGAAGCUCUAGAGGUGUCUCUAAUCACUAGAAAGAUUAAUGACCCUUUUGCUUUUGAGUUUUGCUCAGUGUGAAAGGUUACUUAAUUAAAUUACAACCACCAGGAAAUUGACUUUUUUUUUUAAUGGUUGAAACUUGAAGGAAGUUCAUUCAAGGAUGAGAUUAAGUUGGAAUAAAGAAAGCACUAUGUUAAAACAUCUGUUUUUUUUAAAAUUUGUAUACAGGGGUUGGACUUAAAAACACAUAUACACAUAAAACUCUUUUCAUUCUGAAAUUUCUGUCUGGUACUUGGUGUUUGAUUUUGUAAUGCAGUAAAGAAGGAGAGGCCAGUUUAAUUUAAAAACAAAGUGAAUUUACCAAAAUUCUGGAUGAUAAGAAAGAUUUAAACCAAAGAGCAAUUUACCCAAGGGUUGAUUUUGUUGUAAAUUUUUUAGUUUCAAUUAAAGCAUGCAACAGGGAUCUCGCAGGGAUAACUGUUUCCGUGUUACUUGCCAUUUAGAAAUUAUACCAGCAUAGAGAAUGUCAGAGGCCUACUGUGUAAUUGUAUCAGGCU